AUGAACCAACGAGUAUAUAAUUACAGACUGACUCGCGCUCGUCAGAUGGUUGAAUGUACGUUUGGCAUUUUAGCCAACAAAUGGCAAAUUUUCAAAGCCUGUUGUGUUUUGCAUAAUUUUGUGCGGAAAAAGGAUGGUAUACGAGUUAAUGAUGAGUUAUACGAAUCUCCUAUGCAAAGCUGUCAUCCGACUGGAACACGGGCUAAAAUCUGUGGUCUUAAAAUCCGGGAUUAUUUUGCAAAUUACUUUACAUCCCCAGAAGGCUCAAGACCGUGGCAAUAUGAUAAAAUUUGAACUGUACCGUUUUAUAACACCUGAGACUAAUAAAGAAAGUAAACAGCAUGAAAAUACCUUUCUUUUGUUUUCCCGUUGUAGAUAAUUCCUUCCAAUUGCGUAUACAUUCAUACAAACUUCACCC